AUGUUGGCUGCCGUGGAACAUGGUCCCAUCCUCUGCAGUGAUUCCAACAUCUUGUGCCUGUCAUGGAAGGGGAGGGUUCCUAAGAGUGAGAAAGAAAAGCCGGUUUGUCGGAGGCGCUAUUAUGAGGAAGGCUGGCUAGCCACUGGCAAUGCGAGGGGUGUUGUUGGGGUGACUUUUACAUCCAGUCACUGCAGGAGAGACAGGAACACCCCACAGAGGAUUAACUUCAAUUUAAGAGGCCACAACAGUGAGGUUGUGCUGGUUCGUUGGAAUGAGCCCUUCCAAAAGCUGGCCACAUGUGACAUGGAAGGGGGGAUAUUUGUAUGGAUACAGUAUGAGGGUCGGUGGUCUGUGGAACUGGUGAAUGACCGGGGUGCUCAGGUAAGUGAUUUCACCUGGUCACAUGACGGCACUCAGGCCCUCAUCGCUUACCGAGAUGGCUUUGUCCUGGUGGGCUCAGUGAGCGGUCAGAGACACUGGUCCUCUGAAAUUAACCUGGAGAGCCAAAUCACUUGCGGCAUCUGGACCCCCGAUGACCAACAGGUGUUGUUUGGAACAGCAGACGGUCAGGUGAUUGUGAUGGACUGCCAUGGCCGUAUGCUUGCACACAUCCUGCUCCACGAGUCAGACGGCAUUGUAAACAUGUCCUGGAACUGUCCAGACUUCCUAGUAGAGGACAGCACUGAAAGUGAUACAGACUCUGAUGACAAUGCCCCGCCUCAAGGUAAACUGCAGUUCCUGAGAAGUUUGCGCAAUCUUAAACCACUUCUCACGGUCAGCUUCAUAUCUGGAGACAUAAGUCUAAUGAACAACUAUGAUGACCUGUCUCCCAACAUAAUCCGCUCAGGACUUAAAGAUGUGGAAGUGCAAUGGUGCUCUCAAGGAGACCUCUUAGCUGUGGCUGGAAUGGAGAGACAAGGCCUUCCCUCUGAUUCAGCAUGUGCCUCAAUAAUGAGGAAUGCCCUUGUCAAGUUUUACAAUGUUCAAGGGGAACAUAUAUACACUUUAGAAACACCUGCCCAGCGGCCAAUCACCACCAUAUGCUGGGGUCACAGGGACUCCCGCCUGUUUCUGGCCAGUGGACCAGCACUGUACGUGGUCCGUGUAGAGCACAGAGUUGCCAGUCUGCAGCUGCUGUGCCAGCAGGGCAUUGCAAGUGCACUACGCGAGGAAAGGGAUGUUGGCAAACUGAACAUGCCAUCCCUCCUCUGUUCUUACGUUACGACAGCAUUCAUCCCAACUAUCAAGCCACCCAUUCCUGAUCCCAAUAAUAUUCGGGACUUUGUGAGCUACCCAGCAGCGGGGAAUGAGAGGCUGCAUUGUACUAUGAAGCGUGCAGAGGAGAACCCAGAGGCUGGAGGACCCUGCUACACCCUUUAUUUGGAACACCUUGGAGGCCUGGUGCCCAUUCUCAAAGGCAGACGAAUCAGCAAACUACGCCCUGAAUUUGUGAUAAUGGACCCAAAAAUGGACAGUAAAGCAGAUGUGGUCUGUGUGAAUGGUAUGAUCUCCUACAUGACUGACAGCUGUAACUGCUCUGACUCCAGUGAUAUUGAGCUGAGUGAUGAGUGGGUUGGAAAGAAGUCACCAAAACUUUCCAGGGGAAACAGAUCACCCAAACUCCCAAGAAUCAACAUGGAGUCAAGAAAAUCACCCAAGCUUGCCCAAGCAUCUCAGGAAAUGUCCAGGUCUCCAAGACUACCCACGAAGAGGCCUCCGAUUCGAUCUCCAAGCCUCACCCGAAGAGAGUUUCCAAUAGACAGCAUCAGUGAGCAUAAUUAUCUAGCUCAAGUCACUUCCAAUAUUUGGGGAACAAAAUUUAAGAUUGUUGGACUGGCCUCCUUUUUGCCAGCAAAUUUGGGAGCAGUUAUCUAUAAAACUAGUUUGCUUCACCUACAACCACGACAGAUGACAAUUUAUCUGCCUGAGGUGCGCAAAAUUUCUCUGGAUUUCAUGAGCCUGCCAGUCUUUAAUCCCAAUGUAUUUAGUGAAGAUGAGGAUGAUUUACCAGUGAUGGGACCCUCGGGAGUGUCAGGCGACAACCCUCCCUGCACUGUCAAUAUUCCCAUUGCUCCCAUCCACAGUCCUGCGCAAGCAAUGUCUCCCACGCAAAGCAUAGGGCUAGUCCAGUCCCUCUUAGCCAAUCAGAAUAUUCAGCUUGAUGUCCUGACCAACCCCACGGCCACAGCAGCUGCAGCAGUGGCAGCAGCGGCAGCUAACGUAACAGUCCCCGAGCACAGUCAAGAGAGUGUAUCAGCGCAGUACACCGUGCCAGCAAGAUACUCGAAUCCUGGACAGGUGAUUUUCAGCGGGUUAGAGAUGGGUAGUCUUCUGAGCGGAACUCUUCCUCCACCACCUCAUCACUUGCCACUUCAAGCCCAUCAGCAACGUCAACAACAACAACAACAACAACAACAACAACAUCAUCAACAACAACAUCAACAACAGCAGCAGCAACAACAAGAUCAUCAAUCACCACAGUCCUUUAUCGAAGGUGAUACCACUCUUGAGAUGCAGAUGAGGAAGGUCAACCCUCCACCACCAUACCCAGGGACAGUGGUUUCUGCAGCAGCUGCACCUUCAACAGCUCCUCAAGGUCUCAUUGGUAGCAAUGAAAAUGCCAAUACACUGCCAACAGACCCUUGUCUAAAUAAAGAUGAGUUCUCUCUUCACCCAUUGGGUCUUCAAUAUCCUACUCCACUGGGCUACGAGAGAAUCACCACUUUUGACAGCAGUGGGAACGUGGAGGAGGUGUGCCGGCCACGGAGACGACUCAUCCGAAACCAAAAUGCCUAUGGUGUCCAGGGUAUUGGUGGUUCAGCCACGCUGAAGAUCACCUCAUCUGAGACCAAGAAAGUUCAGCUUCCAUAUAGCUCAGCAACUCUCAGUCGUCUUUCAGUGCCCCGAUACUCCAUACCCAGUGGAGAUCCACCACCCUAUCCUGACCCGGCCAAUCAGAUUAAUGUUGUUAGGAGUCCACCCCAAAGAAUUGACAGUAGUUUGAUCCACGCAACUCUGAGACGUGACCGCAGGGAUGUUGCUCUUAAGGUUUCUCAAGUGGUUGAUUCAGUGAGGACUCUACCAACUAAAUCAAAAAUGAAUAGUGCUCUUGCACUUUCUUACCAACCUAGGGUUCCCACAGCUUUGUAUACUUGUACCCAAUGUAGUAGCAAUAGCAGCAGCACCAGUGUAAGUGUAAGUGGUUGUAGUAGUAGUAGCGGCAUUGCAGGAGGAACUGUAGUUCGACAAGAUUUCCCCCCAGGCAAAGGAACUCAGCACAGUACCAUUAUUGUACACUCCAAAAGUGCGUCACCUUUAGCCUCUCAAUCAUCCUACAAUCUACUCAGUCCUGUGGAGAAUACUAGGGACCGGACUGUGUAUGUCAACUCUGCCUUCACUGAAGAUGAGACACUAAACCAACAGUGCCAUCUAGAAAAGUCUGUACGUCAUUUAACACUUGGAGAAGUUGGCAUGACAGUCAAACGCCCACCUCCUUAUCAGUGGGAUUCUGCUGCCACUGAGCAGAUCUGGAUACCUCAAGAUCAAAAUGUUCUUAGCGGACCCCCAGGACCACACAAACCACCUCCUCUUAUACUUAGCCAAGCCCAGCACUUGGACAUGACACAGUUACCAUUCGUACUUUCGGCAAAACCACCCUCCAGUCCUAGUGCAGUGACCUUCCCAUCGAGCUACCAGAUCUCUUUGUCACCAUUUCCUCCUGGCAUGGGGCAUAGUGGACAACAACUUCAGUCCCUACAAAAUCCCCCACAGCCAUGUACUCCCAAUGACAUGGUGACUUCUGUUCCAUUCUCCCAACAGGAACCCACUCUAGUCUUGCCUCCUGGUUAUCCAACUAAUCUUACAAACUUGGCGUGCUGUCCACUCCCACCGAUGUACCCAGGCGGCUCCUGUACCAACCUUCAGUUACAUCCGAUGGCCUUGCAUCCUUGGAGCACUUAUAAUCCUUGUCCCCCUAUGCAAGAUCCAACAGGUACCUUGCCCAGUAAGUCCCACCAGAUCAUGGAGAAGCCAAUCCUUUCUCCACCACCUCCACCUCCUCCCCCUCCACCUCCUCCACCUCUCCCUCCUCCACCUCCACCUCCACCAGCAGAACUCCUGAGCCAUCAAAACACCCCAGAGGUUCUUGCUGAGUCAGGGGAGAGCUUUCAGGAACAGUCCUCCCUCAAUGAGAGUCCAGUACCACAAGAGUCAGACAGGUUUGGCAAAAAGGGCCGCAAAAGUCUGGACAGCAGGACAGAGGAAGCCAGCAUGUCUACUGUUUCUGAGGGCAAGUCGAGAAAGGAAGCUCGUGCACUCUCUGACUUCAAUUCUCUCAUCUCUAGCCCAAGACUCGGUGGCAGAGAAAAGAAAAAGCCCAAAGGACAGAAGGAGCAAUUGAACAAAGCCAAGAAGCUGAGCAGGACAAAUGAGUUUCAGGACAGCUCAGAGAGUGAGCCUGAACUGUUCAUCAGUGGUGAUGAGCUGAUGAACCAAAGCCAGAGCAGCAAGAAAGGCUGGAAGAGCAAGCGCAGCAUGAGAACAGCAAAUGAACUAGAGGAGAUCAAGUGCCGUAAAGCCAAUGAGAGAGAAGAUCAUGCCCUGGGCAGCCAGGGCUUUGUCUAUGUCAUGGCUAACAAGCAGCCACUGUGGAAUGAGGCCACCCAGGUAUACCAGCUAGACUUUGGUGGGCGAGUGACACAGGAAUCUGCUAAAAACUUCCAGAUUGAGCUGGAUGGAAGACAAGUAAUGCAGUUUGGCAGAAUUGAUGGCAAUGCGUAUAUCCUGGAUUUCCAGUAUCCAUUCUCAGCUGUGCAAGCAUUUGCAGUUGCCUUGGCCAAUGUCACUCAAAGGCUUAAAUAG